AGCUCUGAUCGAAGAAUUUCGUUUUCCUGAUAAACAGAUAAACAGGUUUCAAAAGCACUAGCACAGAAAAAUGGGUAAACACAAAAAACACAAGUAUCAUGGACACAGCAGCAGCAGCAGCAGCUCAUCUUCUUCAUCGUCUUCUGACAGCUCAGACAAUGAGUACAAACAUCUCCCCAAACAUGAGAGGAAGAUGAGGAAGAAAAUGAAAAAACAGAUGAAAAAGGGUAUUCUGCCAAAAGGAACCAUUCUGCCAGGUGCACCUGGUUAUCAUGCUGGUGCCCAUGGUCAUCAUGCUGGUGCCCAUGGUCAUCAUCCACAGCCAGGUUACCCUGCACAACCAGGCUACCCAGCUCAACCUGGUUAUGGUGCCCCAGGAUAUGGUGCCCCAGGAAUGGCUCCAGGAGUGGUUCCCCCUCCUGCCCAGGGAAAUUACAGCGCGGGUGGGUUUGCAGUACCAGGAGCUAACUACCCACCAGCCCCAAACCCAGCUUAUCCUGGAGGAUAUCCACAAGGAAAUGUUCCUCCACCUGCUGGAUACACUCAGCCUACUGGUUACCCUGCACAACCAGCUGGUUACCCAGCACAACCAGGAUAUCCAGCCCAGCCACCUCCUGGGGGAUACCCAAGUGGGGGUGCUAGUUAUCCUGCUCAGCCAGCUGCCGGUUACCCUGGGCAACCACCUGCUGCUGGUUACCAAGGGCAACAGCCAGCAGCUUUCCAAGGAGCUGGUGGGGCAGGGUAUCCACAGCAGCCAGCUGGCUACCAAGGAGGAGGGGCUCCAUCCUACCCCCAACAGGGACCAGGAGGAAUGGCACCACAGCACCAGCCUCCGCAGCAGCCUGCUUAUGCAGGAGCGGGCGUUCCUGGGGCUACAGCUGGAAUGGGCGCUAUGAACAUAGGUGGCGGUGCUGGGGGUAAAGGGGAGGUAAGCCGUCCUACUGUUCGGCCAGCUAACCCAUUCUCUGCAGAGCAGGAUGCAGAAGUUUUACGCAAAGCUAUGAAAGGAUUUGGGACGGAUGAAAAAGCCAUCAUCAAUGUGAUCAGUGCACGAUCAAACAGUCAACGCCAGCAGAUUCUAGCCAUGUUCAAAACAAUGUAUGGCAAGGACCUGAUUGCUGACCUGAAGUCAGAACUGAGCGGAGAUCUGGAGGAACUUAUCAUGGCCAUGUUCAAACCUACCACUUACUUUGAUGCCUGGUCCCUGCAUAAAGCAAUGUCUGGUGUUGGCACUAAAGAAGCUGUUCUAAUUGAAAUUCUCUGUACAAGAACUAAUUCUGAAAUUAAGGAGAUUGUCCAAUGUUACAAAACAUAUUUCGGCAGAUCUUUAGAACAGGAUAUAAGUUCAGAGACAAGUGGACAUUUUAAGCGACUUCUGAUAUCGUGUUGUCAGGGUAAUAGGAAUGAGUUGACUCCUGAACAACAGCAGCGUCUAGCUUACCAGGGAUUGGAAGGGGUAGUGGACAGUGCCCUUGCGCAACAGGAUGCCCAAAAAUUGUACCAAGCUGGUGAGAACAUGAUUGGCACUGAUGAAUCGGCAUUCCUUACAGUCAUGGCAGUGAGGAACCAUUACCAGCUGCGAGCCACCUUUCAGGAAUACCAAAGGGUCGCAGGAAAGGACAUUCUGAAAUCUGUGAAGAGUGAAUUCUCGGGAGAUGUUGAAGAUGGCUUUAAAGCCCUUGUAAUGUCUGCUAUGAAUCGGCCAAAAUACUUUGCUGACCUGUUGUACAAGUCAAUGGCUGGACUUGGCACAAAGGAUUCUACUCUUAUCAGGAUCAUUGUGUCAAGAUCUGAGAUUGACCUACAGGACAUUAAAGAGGAGUAUCUGGUCCACCAUCAGAAAUCUCUCCGCUCCGCUGUAGCUGGAGACACUAGAGGAGACUACGAAAAACUGCUUCUUGGUUUAAUUGGCAAUUAAAUUUCUAAAAUGUGUAAAAGUCGGUUGUAUUGUUACAAUGUUCAUGAUUAAAUUAGCAACUUUUUCAGUUUAGAAAUAGAAUCUGUUUACCGCAAUGUAAUUGAUAUUUACAAUAGUAGAUAUUUCUGGCAUUAGAGGGUACCAUAUAGUGUUGUUGAUAAGAAUGUGAAAAAAUUUGAUAGAGAUCAAAAUGUUAUUCACGUAUAUUCGUAUAAAUUUUUUACAGUGAGGUGAAAGUGUUAGUUUUAGACACUGUGUUUUAUAUGUUGUGGGAUAAAGUUUCAGUGUUGAGAAUGAAAAAAUGAUUAAUAGAUAUUAAAAGACAUAAAAAAAAAAUAGUCUCAUAAUUGUUUAAUGAAAAUUAUGAAACAACGUCAAGUUAAGAUUUCUAGCUGUUUCAGUACUUAAUUUGUAAUGUUCAUCAAGGUCAAGGUUGAGGUGUAUGUAUAUAUCUGUAAUACAUUUCUGUCUGUGGAACCGGUAUGUAUUCUUGUAUAUCAUUGAGUUUUAAUCCGCUGGCUUACCCAAUUCCCCGGAAAGAUGUUUAAACUGGGAAGAAUCAACUGCAUUACAAAACCUUUUUAAUCAGCACCUUUAAUAAUCAAGAAACUUCUGUAAACCAGACCUCUUUGCAUCGUUUGAUGUUUUUUCUGAGAAAUUUUGUGCACAUUUCUCAUUUACAAUCAGCAGACAGCUAGGAUCAUUCUUUGUUAAUGGUUCUUCAAUUAAAUGACAUGAAUGAUUUUGUUUUCCUGUUGUGAGCAAACAUAAUAUUUGGAAAAACAUGCAUUUUGAAGGCCAAACUUGUAUGAAUUAUGAACCUGUCUAUUUUGAACACAAAUAUAUUCUGCUAUAUAUAGACAGGUUUCAUAAAUUGCAUUUAUAUGAGCUUCAAAAAAUUGUUGAAUUUGGAAUGUUAAUAUUAAAUGCAUUCAAAAAUA